AUGGCCCUGCAGUUCGAAGCCUUCUGUGCGGGGGGCUUGGCCCCUGGCUGGAGCCUGCUGGUCCAGGGACAGUCCGACUCUGGAGACGACAAGUUCGAGAUCGACUUCCUGUCUGAGGCGGGGGACAUCGCCUUCCACAUCAAGCCGCGCUUCUCCAGCGCCACCAUGGUGGGCAACGCCUGCCAGGGCGGCCGCUGGGGCGAAGAGGAGGUGUCCAGCAUCUUCCCGCUGUCUCUGGGGGAGCCCUUUGAGAUGGAGGUGAGCUCGGACGCGGAGCACUUCCACGUCUACGCCCAGGAGCACAAGGUGCUGCAGUUCCCGCACCGCCAGAGGCCGCUGGCCGCCAUCACCAGGGUGCGGGUGCUGAGUGACCGCAACCUGGCCCAGGUGGAGCUGGCCAAGAGGGGCCUGAGCUGGGGGGACAGGGGCUACUGAGCAGUCCGUGCGCCCCAGGAGAGAGCCUCAGCCCAUCUCACAUCCGGGGCGCCUGGAGCCCCACCCUGG